CUAUAAAAGUAACGAACCGGCACAAUUUCCAUCAAUUUCUUCACUCAGAAGCUUUCGUUUUGAAAGAGUGCUGGGCUUGAUUGAAAUUUCGCAGAAGAUUGGCUCGAGAUUCAAAGUCUCUGUCGGCAUGGCGAUCCGGUACUCCUUGCUCCUUUGGGUCAUGUGUCUCCUCGCUGUUCACCAAGCAGUUGCUGAGGAAAAAAAACAUGCUGUUCUCAGUGACACUGAUUGGAAACCUUAUGGAUCUCGCGAGUUCAAAUUCUUUGGCAUUAAAACUACAUGGGACGAGGCUGAGAAAACCUGCGUGCGGAACAACGCACAUCUGGCUUCGGUGCAUGAUGAGAGCGAAGACGAUUUCAUUAAGCGUCUGAUUCACGCUCACGCUAGUCAGGAUGUUCCUACGUGGCUCGGAGGCUACAAUAGUAAGACUGCUCGUGAUCGCUGGUACUGGACUGAUGGCUCUCAUUUUGACUACGCUGACUGGGCCCCAGGUGAGCCGAAUGGCUCCGGACGCUGUCUGCAGACCAACUUCCAGGGAGCCUGGGAUGAUCUGGUUUGCUCUUAUAACCGUCAUUUUGUCUGUGCUCGAAAGGCCAAAACCGGUGAUUCAAAGGCCUGAUCUGAACUGAACUGCUCCUUCCCUUUUGCGUGUGCCAGAAAGCUCAUAGAAUGAUCAACCCUUCAGCCUUGAGAGGCUCAGAUAUUAAAGAUAGAAGAAUGUUAUUGUGAUCAUGUGUUUUCAGUUUCUAUUUAAUCUAAAAACCAAGAUCCAAUUACUUUACAGCAUUGAAAUAUGUGUGUGUGUGUGUGCGCGCAAGGGGAUGUGAUUGAUAUCAAAUAAAUUCAGCACUGCAUAA